AUACAUGACCGCCGAUGAUGUGCCACAAGUACUGCAGAUAUGGGCCGAUAAUAACCUACACGAAGGAACUCAUACUAUACAGUCGUUUCUCAAUGUGGAUCCCGAGGGGUUUGUGGUGGCUGUGGAUGAUAGCACCGGUAUGUGCGCCGGGGUGUUUGUCCACCCGGACACCGCAUUCAUCGGCCUAUACGGCGUGGACCCUCAGUACCAAAAACUGGGGAUCGGAUGGCAAAUGUGGCGCAAAAUGAUGGCCCACAUCGGGGACCGGAAUGCCGGCCUGUAUGCCGUACCGGAGCACCAGUCCAUGUACAGAGACCGAGCCGGGUUCACCCACGAGGACAGUCGACUUAUGCUGCUCUAUGAGUCCGAUUCCGUGCGCACCCAUACGCUGGUCAAGAAUAUCGACGGAAUCCGUGUCCAGAGAAUCACCGAUUCUAUCGAGAAUCUGGUCAUUGAAUACGACCGCGAAGUGCACCGAUUCUCGAGGGCUAGACUACUGCCGCACGUAUUCCGGGAGCCCGACUCCAUGGCACUGGUAGCCAUCGACGAGUACGACGACUCGGUGGUGGGCUACGGGUGCUUCCGGACUAAUAAUAUCGGGAAAGCCAUGUCUGGCCCGCUGUACGCUAAUAACGAUGCCGUGGCUGAGCUGUUGGUGUAUAAAAUGAUCGAGAAUUUCGCUAUUAUCGAGACCAAUGGCCUGUUGUAUAUGACCCUGGAUUCAAAUCCUGGUGGCAUUAGGAUUGCCGAGAAGUUGGGCCUACAUAAGCACGAGGAGUUACCA